CCAGCAUGUAUUUGUAAAUUAUCUUAGCAAUAUAUAUUGAUCAAUGAUUAUUGAUGUUUGACGAACUUUCAGUAUAGACACUUUAAUUCAAUUAUUGUAAGCAAUAACACCAUAAAACUUUGAUGAAUGUAAAACAUUGUAUUAUUUGAACAAAUUUAUAAUCAUUGUAAAUUAGUUUUGAAUUUUAAAGUUUAAUUGGUUAUAGAAAUUUUGUAUUCCAAAACAUAUAAAUGUACAGUACUGCCAAAAGAAAGAAAGAUGGCGAAAAGAGAGGGAUUUUUCCAGAAAUAGCACCUUUAAAAAAAAAUUUACAAAAAUAGCACCCAUGUAAAAAAAAUUCCACUAAUAGCACCCUUUUUAAUAGAACGCACCUUGUAGAUGCGUUUUACAUAUAAAUCGCACCCUACAAGUGCGUUUUAUAAAUAGAUCGCACCCUACAAGUGCGUUCCAAAAAUCUGGAAUCAAAUCGCACUUUAGCCAAGCGAUUUUUGGUCUGACCUAGUAAAAUCGCAUGGCCAAAAUGCGAUUUAGGUCUGACCUACUAAAAUCGCAUGGCCGAGGUGCGAUUUAGAGCCAGACCUAGUAAAAUCGCAUUCCUGGGGUGCGAUCUGUUUCUGCCAGACAAAAUCGCACCAUGAGAAUGCGAUUUUAACAUGCAAACCGCACCUUAAAGGUGCGGUUUUGGUCAAUCAAUUUCCGACAUGCAUGCAGACGUUACAGACGUGGGUCUGCAUGGGCCUGCAUGGCAGACGAAAAUCGCAUCUCUAAGGUGCGGUUUUCAUCAAGAUUUUGCCUAUAAAAGGCCUCCCGGACAACCAUUUCUCUUCACACCUCUCCUUCUCACUUCCCUUUUCAAUUUUCAGUUGUAGCUCUAUAUUUCUUUAGUAGUUUUGCGAUUAACGUUAACUCGUAAGUUGAUUUAGUAUUACAUAUUUCUUUAGUAGUUUUGCGAUUAACGUUAACUCGUAAGUUGAUGUAGCUCUAUAUUUCUUUAGUAGUUUUGCGAUUAACGUUAACUCGUAAGUUGAUUUAGUAUUACAUAUUUCUUUAGUAGUUUUGUGAUUAACGUUAACUCGUAAGUUGAUUUAGUAUUACAUAUUUCUUUAGUAGUUUUGUGAAUAACGUUAACUCGUAAGUUGAUUUAGUAUUACUUUGUAUUGUUAAUUUUUAUUUUUGAUUUUUAUGAUAUUAACUUAACUACGGUUUUAUCGCAGAUGGCAUUCCAAAAGUUCACGCUUGGCUUACGGUGGAAUGGUUACACGGAAGAGACCGGAAAGGGUGCCACCUACGUAGGUGGCAAUUUUCAGAAGAUAAAGGUCGCUACCAGACCGCGACUUGAAGACCUCCAUCAAAUGUGCACUAACGUUACUUGCAUGGAUGGCACGAGAAGAGUUGAUCGUAUGGUGUACCGAUAUCCAAACAGAGAAAGUGGGUCAUUGUGGCAUGAGGAAUAUCUCAUAACCACUCAAGAUGAGGUAGAUUCCAUGCUCGAAUUCAUGAGGUCCAACAAUCUUUCCAAAGCCGAGAUGUUCGUUUACACCGAGCCGGUCGUAGGCGUUGGAGGUCAUUUUGGACACGGUCAAACAUCUGGUAUCCAUGGUGGAGGUGAAUUAUAUGGCGAUCAUCCCUACCAAAGUUACCAUGAUCCUCAUUCAUAUUUUCAGUACCAAGAGCAAGGUGAAGGUCAUCAUCAAUCAUAUGAAGAGGAAGUUCAACCGGACCGGCCCAACCAACCUCAGUACAACUUCCACUCAGGCAGCGGUAGUUUUCACAACUACCAUUAUGGAGCUGAUGAAGGUGCCUUUCAUGAGCUGGAUCAGAUGGAGGAUGUCAUGCCAGCACCAGUCAGUGACCCCUCCGAUGAAGAAGGAGAGAACAACGUUAGUGCAGACAGCUCCGACCCUCUUGAAGGUGUUGAUGAUUCCGGACCAGAGUCAGACUCAGCUGAUGAUGAUGAGGGGGCUCGUGACCGUGUACCAGUCCCCUACUACAAUCACAUUCCAGACGACAAUUGGAUGGUCGACAGCGACAUGGAGCCGCCAGAGGUCCCAAUAUGGGGUCCACUCACUGGGUUUAUGAAGGGCCAACAAUUUGGCUCGAAGAAGGAUGUGCGUCACGCCAUUGAGACAGAAGCAAUGACUCGGCAUUUUGAAUGGCUCACAACUCAUUCCAACACUAAAAGGCUCUUAGUCAGAUGCCGUAAUCAUCACGAGGGGUGCCAUGUCAGGAUUCGGGCCAUCAACAGCAAGAGACACGGUUGCUGGGUCAUAUCCCGUGCGGUGAACACACACACAUGUGUGUCAUCCAUAACUUCCCAAGGCCAUCGACAGUUGAAAUCCAGGGUGGUUGCUGCGGCUAUCAAACAUCUAAUUGAGCAAGAGCCAGACCUAAAGGUGAAAGUCAUAAUCGCUGACAUUGCAAGUCGUUAUGGUUAUAUGAUUAACUACAAGAAGGCGUGGCAUGGAAAGCAGAAAGCUCUGGCCGCCGUCUUUGGUGAUUGGGAAGAAUCAUAUGCAUUCCUUCCCAGGUUAAUUUUGGCAUUGGAGGCGUCUAACCCUGGCACGGUUUUCUCCCCUCGAUACCAAGAUGAAGAGAUACAACCCCCAGAGCCAGGUAACAAGCGCCAUUUCAGACGACUUUUCUGGGCUUUCAAGCCAUGUAUUGAUGGUUUUGGCUUCUGUGUCCCUGUCAUCCAAGUGGAUGGAACAUUCCUUACCGGCAAGUAUAAGGGCACUCUCCUAAGCCAUCCACAACUAAGGAGAUUGCUUGCUUUUUUGGAGAAGAACACUCCUCCGAUCAUGCCAAUGAGAUAGACCCGAGCAUAUCUCUCGAUCUCAUCCUCCGGACUUUCCUCAGUUAGGGGAUGACUCUCGUAAUGCUCUCUAAAGUACCUCGUCAACCAAGUAAUUGACACUUGGUGUUUCCUCAUUGGUGGCAUGCGAUCGGUCGCAUCAACUUGCCCCUUCACUGGUACUUUUACUCCCAAAACACUAUAGAUGAAAUGAACCCAACCGGUCAUACCGUCGACAUCGUCGGGGGCAUGAUCACUGACGCACACCGGUUUGCCGUCGAUGGGGAGAUGGGUUAGGAUGGCGACAUCCUUUAGUGUGAUGGUGGCCUCUCCUUCUCUCAAGUUGAAGCAAUGGGUCUCCUUUCUCCAUCUCUCAACUAGGGCGGUGAUGAGUUGGCGAUCAACUCUUAUGCCGUUAAAAUGCCUAAUCGAGUCCAAUCGUGCCCUUUUGAGAAAGGGCAAGAUGGUUGGGUGGAAUGGGAGCACAUUGGUCGAACCCCUGUAGCGGAUUAUUGUUUGUGCCUCCUAGGGAAAAUUUACACGUUAAUUAUUAUAUAUUAGUAAGGGUUUAAUCCUUAUAAAUAAAUUACUUAAAUUAUAUUAUUUAACUUCAAGCAGAAUUUUAUUAUCAUAAAAAGCAAUUUCAUAUAAUUAACAUAAUAACAUUAUAAAUUAAUAAUAAUUUAAAGAGAUACAUACAUAUUAUCAUAAAACGAACAUCCUAAAUGAAUAAUGAUUUAAAGAGAUACAUACUAAUUAUCGUAAAAUAAACAUACUAAAUUAACUAAAUUAAAUGACAUUGUUAAUGAAUCAAUCUUUUAAAGAGAAACAUACAUAUUCAAUUGUUUGAAAUUAAUAAAAUUCCAUUUGUACACAUAAAAAUAAAUCGUAAGGAUUGUUUGGUAAAUUAUUUAAUCCUUUUGGUUGUUUUAAAUAAUUUAAUCGAAUACAAAGCAACACUCGUUAGACUCUUAGAAGAGGUAUACAUCUUCUUAGAAACGCAGUCUUGUUGACAGAAAAAGGGGGGAUCCGAGGAUCUCUUAAUGCCCGAUUUUCCCAGGGAAUGGGAGGAUAUGAUAAUCGCUUAAAACCCCAUUUCCUUAGACGUGCAUCUCUUUAUAAAGAGUCGAAGUAAGUGGCGCUAUGUAUUCGAUUAAAUUAUUGAAAACAACCAACACGAUUAAAAUUCAACAUUAAUUUAUUUUAUAUUCCACUAAAUACAUUAACAAAAUAAAAGAAGGACAAACGGUAAAGAAUUGUAUGUACCGGGUGAGCGUUCCAAACAUCCCUUGACCGAUGGUUGGGUUGGUCGUACAAGUCGGUUGGAUCCAACGGUCCUUGCUCGAGAUAAUACCGUUGGUUGUAAAUAUCGACGUCCUCCGCAGCCUACGAGAAAAUAACAACGAGGUUAGUAAAUAGAUUAAUUAAAA